UGAGACUUCAGUCUCAAACUUCAGUGGACAGGUGGUAGGGCGAGUGGCUUUCCAGUCUGGUUACCUCGAUACGGCAUCGGGCAUCUCCACACCACUAACGAGCAAGUUCUGGCGGGAACUUCUCCACAGAUUCCUAGUUUUUCUCCUCCUGACGGCGUAGUUUCGGAUCGACUGCCUCGAAAUGACCGACGUCUUGGAAUUCAACGAUAUCACGGCAGAAAUAAAAGGAGCCAUGUGUCCCGGCAGGCUGAAACUGUCCGAGAACAACAUCAGCUUCAAGAACCAAAGGACGGGGAAGGUGGAACAGCUCUCCUCGGCGGACCUCGAACUGUGUAACUGGCAGAAGCUGGUCGGCAACUGGGGCAUCAGGCUCUUCCUGAAGAACGGCUCCCUCCACAGGUUCUGCGGCUUCAAAGAAUCCGAGUUAGAUAAGAUUGCAAAGUUCUUCAAAAACAAAUACCAGCAAGAUCUACUUGAGAAAGAGCUAAGUGUCCGAGGGUGGAACUGGGGCACUGCCAAAUUCUCCGGCUCGGUGCUCAGCUUCGACGUUCACAACCUGACCGCAUUUGAAAUCCCUCUGAGCAACGUCAGCCAAUGUACGACCGGAAAGAACGAGGUGACGGUCGAAUUUCACCAGAACGACGAAGCGCCCGUGAGUCUUAUGGAGAUCCGGUUUCACAUACCGUCCAAUGAGAUCGCCGGCGACGAUCCCGUCGACGCUUUUCACAGUCAGGUCAUGCAGAAAGCCAGCGUCAUAUCUGUAUCUGGAGACGCUGUUGCUAUUUUCAGAGAGAUCCACUGCCUUACACCGAGAGGUCGUUAUGAUAUUAAAAUAUUUUCUUCAUUCUUUCAACUUCACGGAAAGACUUUUGAUUAUAAAAUCCCAAUGGCUACUGUACUGAGACUUUUCGUACUUCCACAUAAAGAUGGGAGACAACAUUUCUUUGUAGUCAGUUUAGAUCCUCCGAUUAAACAAGGUCAAACCAGAUAUCAUUACUUAGUUUUUCUUUUUGGACAAGAUGAUGAUAUGUCGUUAGAACUACCAUUUUCAGAGGAAGAGCUUUCUGAAAAAUACGAGGGAAAACUUACUAAAGAACUCUCUGGUCCUACUUAUGAUGUCCUUAGUAGAAUCAUGAAGGUGUUGGUUAAUCGUAAAAUUACUUUUCCUAGCGGUUUUAUUGGACACUCAGGUACAGCAGCAGUGGGCUGUUCUUACAAAGCAGCUGCUGGUUAUAUGUAUCCUCUCGAAAGAGGCUUUAUUUAUAUCCACAAGCCUCCACUCCACAUUAGGUUUGAGGAGAUCAGCAGUGUUAAUUUUGCCAGAAGCGGUGGUAGCACCAGGUCGUUUGACUUUGAAAUAGAGCUGAAAAGUGGUGUCAUACACACAUUCAGCAGCAUCGAAAAAGAAGAGUAUGGCAAGCUUUUUGAUUUCAUCACAUCGAAGAAGCUCCAUGUGAAGAACAAGAAGUCGGACAAGCCCACCUACGCUAUGGACGACUUCCGCGACUCAGACGAAGAGAAAGAACCGGAUGCGUACCUCGCCCGUGUCAAGCGUGAAGGCCAGGAAAGGGACGAUGAAGACGGCGGCAGCUCUGAUGAGAGCACUGAUGAAGACUUCAAACCUCAAGCUGAAGAAUCUGAUGUUGCUGAAGAGUACGACACCAAUCCUACUCCUACGGAUUCUGAUGACGAUUCCGAUGCCUCUGGAGGUGGAAAUGAAGAUGGAGAGAAGAAGGAAAAGAAAGAGAAAAAAGAAAAGAGAGAAAAGAAAAAAAAGAAAACAACUACAAUCUCUGAAAAGCCGAGGAAAAAGAGAGAGAAGAAGCACAGAGAUGCAGACAAGCCGAAAAGGGCUCCUUCCGCUUACAUGCUCUGGUUUAACGAUAGCCGGGAAAAGAUCAAAGCCGACAAUCCCGGCAUCUCUUUCACCGAUAUCGCCAAGAAGGGAGGGGAACUUUGGAAGAACUUGUCCGAUAAGUCUGAAUGGGAGAAAAAGGCGGCCAAGCUCAAAGAGGAGUACACCCAGGCAAUGUCGGAGUACAAAGCGAGCGGAAAGGCGAACAAGUCGAAGGAGGAGAAGGAAAAAUCGUCUAAGAAAAAGUCUUCAACAAAGUCCAAACCUUCUCUGCCAUCAUCACCUGACAAAAAGGGUUUCAUCAGUAAAGAAUUUAUUGAGGAUUCUGAUUCUAGUUCUGACUCAGAUGCUGAUAAAAAGAAGGAGGUAAAGAAAGAAAUAAAAGCUGAAAGUAGUGACAGUGAAAAGGAAUCGAAGGCAAGCUCUAAAAAGAAAGGAAGCUCGGACGAUGAUAGCGAUAAAGAGUCGCGAAAGAAGAAAAAGAAGGCCAGCUCUGAUGAAGACAGCGAGGACAGCGUAAAGAAAAAUAAAUCCAAGUCGAAAGAUAGUGAUGAUGAACUUUCUGAAGAAAUCCUCUCGACUCCUACUGCAUCUUCUGAUAGUGAUUAACUUCUUCAAAAGCUACUGAUACAGGUGUAAAAUAAAUACAUAAAAUCCCCCCCCCAUCCAAAAAAGGUGAUUAUCACUUCCUGUUUCAUAUUUUAAUUUUACAUUAAUUUUUGUUUAUUUAACAUUUUUUUACAAAAUUGUUAUAUUUAGGCAUUACUGUAAAUAAAUACAAUU